GAUUGUAAUUCACAUCAUUUAUCAGCAAACAUCACGACCGCAGUUGUUCAUCUGAUGUUGGAUUUUGUUGUGUUGCCUUUUAGAUGUUGAAUAUUCUAAACAGCGAAUGAAUUCCGACCACAAAAAGACACAGACAUAUUCACUGCGGUAACGGGGAGCGGAAACAGGAAAGCGCGGCUGAGAUGUGUUAUUAUAUUGAAGAAGUGUAGCGCGUGAACGUGCUGGAUGUUUUUCUGAUACUGCGAGGGGAAAAGUUGGAGAGCAGCAGGGAAUAUUGUCUUCUUUUUAACGUGAUACGUGGUUUUUAAACAACCAUUGUUUUUACUUCCUGGUGAGCUCAGUUGCUGUAGUACUCCAGAUUGUUUGCCCUCUUCAUCUGCAGCCUGUCAGCCGGCUGUGACAGUCAGCGGUUUGUUUUCCGGUGACCGGUGUAACGUUAUAUAAACAUCAUUAAAGCGCACAUUUAACAGUCUUACUGCAGACCGUUUUUUACAAUACGCGGGUAUUGACGUGAGAGACUGAUCUGUGAAGAUGACGGGUAAAUCUGUUAAAGACAUUGACCGCUAUCAGACUGUUCUCACAUCCCUGCUCGCGCUAGAGGAAAACAAGUUUUGCGCUGAUUGUCACGCUAAAGGUCCCAGGUGGGCAUCUUGGAAUCUUGGCAUCUUCAUUUGUAUCCGCUGCGCAGGAAUCCAUCGGAAUCUUGGCGUUCACAUAUCAAGAGUUAAAUCUGUAAACCUGGACCAGUGGACUCAUGAACAGAUACUGUCUGUACAGGAGAUGGGAAACGCAAAAGCUCGGCGGCUAUAUGAGGCUUUUUUACCAGAGUGCUUUCAGCGUCCAGAGACAGACCAAGCCGCUGAGAACUUUAUACGGGACAAAUAUGAUAGGAAGAAAUAUAUGGAUAAAUGCAUAGAUAUUCAGUCCUUUAGGAAAGAGAAAAGUGAGACUGUGACAAAAGAGGCUCCUGUUGUUUUUGAAAAGAUGAAGCUGAAAAAAGACGAGUCGCAACAAUUUAAAAACACUCCAAAGAAACAGUCACAGUCUGUCAAUGAUCUGUUAGGUCUAGAUGCCCCAGCUCCUCGAGCUACUGUGACCAAUGGGAAGCCAAGCGCUGACCUUAGCCCCGCCCUUGACCUCUUCAGCUCUCUGCCUGCUGCUGCCACCAGUUCAAACUCAUCCAAGAGCACACCCAGCUCGGGGUCCAUGCCCACUGGACGGGUAGCAGCAUCAGUCCCUGAUAACCUCAGCCUGUUCCUUGACCCAUCUACCAAAAGCGAGGACAGCGGAAAGAAGAUGUCCAAAGACUCAAUCCUGUCCCUGUACAGUAGUGCGACUCCACAAACAAACAUGGCUGCUCAUACUGGCAUGUACAUGGGCGCAACCCAAAUGGCCUACGUUCCUGCUGCGGGUUAUGGCCAAUACCAGGCCCUAGGUGCCCAGCAGGGUAUGAUGGGACCUGUGAUUGCUCCACAGAUGAAUGUACUGGGACAAACAGGUGUCAUGCCGCAAACAGGAGUGGCGCCAGCUCCUCCCUACAUGGCAGGGGUGCAGGGGGGCGUGAUGGGAAUGCAGAACUGUAUGAUGGGAGGCAUGCCGGCAGUUCCUCAACAGCCAUAUGGAACACAGCAGGCUCAACAGCUGCAGUGGAAUAUCAGCCAGGUGACUCAACACAUGGCAGGAGUGAAUCUCUACGGUGCCAAUAACGUGAGUUACGGCCAGCCCAUGAGCGGGGCAUCUGCUCCUGCUACAAAUCAUAUGCUCGGGUCACAUGUAUGGAAGUGAUGAUGUCAUAGAGAGAGAGACAUAUCUCAAUUGAUGAGCAAGGUCAUUGUCCGACAGCAGAAGGAAGACCGAUCGUGCGAGGAAAACACUCUGAGAAGACAAUUAGAUGAUCGCAACAGAAGCAAAGUCUCUACCUCGCUCCUUCUCAGAGCCAUUUACCAGAUUCUCAUGUUUGGCUAUGAACAGUCAUAUAUACUCGUAUUGAGCACAGUUUUUGUUUGUGAAGUGGGUUUUACAUUUGGGACGUCCUUUUGACGUUCAUUUGAAUGUUCCACGUUUCACAACUCCAGCAUUUCUGAUCAACGUGUUUUCAUUAUAUCCCAACAGAUAACUUGAUAUAUACUGUAUGUAUGUUGGCUAUAGCUCUGUUCUGAAACCCGGUGAGCUGCCUACCAGGCAUUAUUGUAAGAGAUUAAAAGUCUCUGAAAACAUUUUAGCCUAAUUCUAUAGCAGCAUGUAAUGUGUCCUAUACAGAAAAUGCAAUCCCAUAUUGGAUUGCCACUAGCUUAGAGGGAAAAUGCAUCCAAAGUUGCAGACACAAGGAGAAAAAAUGUUAACUUAAAUUUGCUUACUAAAAAGUAAAUACUAAAAAGUAUAGAUGAUGAUGAUGAUGAUGAUGAUAAUAAUUUAGUGUAAAAAGUUUUAAAAUAAGAUUUAUUUUUUAGUUUUAGUGCUAUUUAUUGUAAAACUUAAGUGUUGCACUUCUGAAAUAUGCAGUGAUGUUGAGUUUUUGGAAAAUUUGAAUUUUUUUUAUUGAUUCCUGCUGAUGUAAAACAAUCAAAAACAGUUCCUUAUCAAGUUUAGGAUGCCACCCUAAAAUGUAGCUGCCUAUGUAGGUAGCUCAUUUAGUUUGGAAACAGAGCUUUUAUUCCACUUUAAGCAUGCUUGCAAUGAUAUAUUUACAUAUUUGAAUGUACAAAUAGAUGAAUAAAUGCCAUUUUUAGUUUGUACGGGUCAGAACCUGUAUUGUAACACUGCUUUAAGGAAUAAUGUCCAUUACUGUGUUAAUAGGUCUGCUAUCAGAGGGCUUCUACAAACCUAUGAAUGAUACUUUCAUAUUUUUGCUCUUUCUAAUGCGCAGGGUGCAGCUAAGUCCCUUUGACUUUGCUUUCGACAGAUUCGCUCUCAACUCAGGAGAAUUAAAGCUUGGGAGGAUGAAGGAUCUAGUAUCCAUAUCAUAGCAAAACAUUUACAUUCAGCCAAAGAUUAAUACAGCUAGACAGUGAGCACAGACGUUCUUGUGCUCUGGUCAGUGUUUAUUGUGUGCGUGCAUUGAAGUUUGACCUCAAGCAUUUAAUGGCACCAUUGAUUGUAUUGUGUGCUGCUUUAUUCCUCAUUGCUGAAUGCAGAAUGAACAUGUGGUGGCUGCAGUUUGGAUACAGACCAAAUGAAUGUUUCACAUAGGGCAGAAUUUGCCAUGGCCACUGUGUGAAGUUCAUUCAGAGCAUUCAGCUUGGGGUUUUAUUGACCAAUCAUACUGUCUGAGCUUCUAAAGUAACCAAUGUGAGGAGGUUCUGCGUUGAUAUUGUCACAUAGAGUGCAUGUUUGAAGAAACUGGGACCUCUUAAAAAAGAUCACAAAAGAAAACUAAACGUGAAUUCAAA